AUGGCGUACAAUGCACUCUCCGCGUCGUCGCUCACGCCGUCGCGGCCCGCACCUCCGGCACCGCUCAGACAAGGCAGCACGUCGAGCAGCACCAACGGCUCCUUCGCCGGCUCGUCCUACAGCACCGCCACACUCGGCGCCUCGCCCGGCAUCGGCGGCUUCCCUCUGCGCGAUAAUGGCGGCGGCUCGGGCUCGGGCACGCCGGGGAUCGUGAGGAGCGGCUAUGUUGGCUUCAAGGAGGACACGUUCUCGAGCUGGAUCUGGCGCGACAAGUUCCUCGUCCUCCGCGAUCAGAGCUUGAGCAUACACAAGAAUGAGACCGCGCCGGCGCAGAACGUGGUGUCGCUGACUGAGCUGUCCAACAUCGAACGCACAGACCUCAAGCCGUACUGUCUCCUGCUCGAAGCCCAGCAGAGGAGAUAUUUCCUGUCAUUGAAGAGCGACGAGGAGCUGUACGGAUGGCAGGACGACAUUUACUCGCGCUCUCCACUCUCCGGCGUAUCCAACCCCACAAACUUCGUACACAAGGUCCACGUCGGCUUCGAUCCCGUAUCCGGCGCCUUCACCGGCAUGCCUGAGCAAUGGUCUAAACUACUCACCAAAUCUGCUAUCACCCGCGAAGACUACCAGCGCAACCCACAAGCAGUUCUUGAGGUCCUCGAGUUCUACACCGAUCACCAGAAGCGCGAGAUGGAGGAGCUCGGGCUUUCCCCCUCGACGCGCAUGGGUGCAAGCCCAACCACACCAUCAACGACUCCCGCCCGGUUUAACGCCGGCACCGGUCUCGGCGGCUCAAUGUCCAAGCUGACGCCUCUCCCCGAACUCCCAAGCGGUAUCUCCCGCCUCGACACAUCCCCCAGCAGCGCCACGACACCAACGAACGGUGACCUCGCCCGCGCAGCGGACUACGUCAACGGCGGUUACGGCAGCAACAAGCCGACAAACGGCAACGGCGCCGACCUCCAGGCCUCGCGCCCUGCGCCUCCUCGUCCUCUGCUCACCGGUACCCGCCCUGCACCAUCCAAGCCCGGUGUACCUGAACAUACGCCUACGAGCGCGGAUCUGCGGGCGCGGGCGAAGGCCCAGGGUCCGCCUGGUCUGGCAGAGGGUGUCCCGCCGCGGAGCGAUAGCCUCGAGCAGCAACGGCGCGAGCGUGAGGAGCGCGAGAGGGAGAGGGAGGAGCGGGCCAGGGAGGAGAGGCGGGCGCGGCAGAAGGCCGAGCGCGAACGGGAGAAGGAGCGCGAGAGGCAGAGGGAGAAGGAGAGGGAGCAGAGGGAGCAGGAGGACAAGCCGUCUGUUCAGCCGCUGCAGGUGAAGAAGCCUGGUCCCAGCCCACAGCCGUCGAAGAAGAAUCUGCAUGGGGACGAGGGAGAGGGCGAUGGGAGCGUCGCUGCUGCCGCUGCCGCGUUGGAGAAGAAGCCGCCACGCGAGGUCGAGAAGCGGAUUUCGACGCUCAGCGAGGAACAGAUCAUGGCGAAGCUCAGGAGCGUCGUGAGCUCGGACGACCCGAAGCUGCUGUACAGCAAGAUCAAGAAGAUCGGGCAGGGCGCGUCCGGGCACGUUUAUGUUGCGAAGACGCUGGCGACGGGGAAGAAGGUCGCGAUCAAGGAGAUGGAUCUGAGCACGCAGCCGCGGAAGGAGCUCAUCGUGAAUGAGAUUCUGGUUAUGAAGGAGAGCAGCCAUCCGAACAUCGUCAACUUUUUGGACUCGUAUCUGUUGAAGGGCGUGGAGCUUUGGGUCGCGAUGGAGUAUAUGGAGGGAGGCGCGUUGACGGAUGUUAUUGAGAACAAUACGUUGGAGGAGGAUCAGAUCGCUUGUAUCAGCAAUGAGACGUGCAAGGGCCUCGGACAUCUCCACGAACAGCAUAUCAUCCAUCGUGACAUCAAAUCCGACAAUGUCCUCCUUGACGCCCAGGGCCGUGUCAAGAUCACCGACUUCGGAUUCUGUGCCAAGCUCACAGACCAAAAGUCCAAGCGCGCGACGAUGGUGGGCACGCCCUACUGGAUGGCGCCCGAAGUCGUCAAGCAGAAGGAGUACGGCGCCAAAGUCGACAUUUGGUCGCUCGGUAUCAUGGCCAUUGAGAUGAUCGAGCAGGAACCUCCGUACCUCGAUGAGGAGCCGCUCAAGGCGCUGUACCUCAUCGCGACGAACGGUACACCGACGCUCAAGAAGCCCGAAGCGCUUAGCCGCGAGCUCAAGAGCUUCUUGAGCGUGUGUUUGUGCGUGGAUGUGAAGAGUCGCGCGACGGCGAAUGAGUUGCUUGAGCACGAGUUCCUCAAGAAAUCCUGCCAGCUCUCCGGUCUUGCCCCGCUUUUGCGCUUCCGCCAGGCCAAGGCAAGCUCAUAA